AUGGCGCCUACUGGUCCUACUCCAAGAUGUCAACACACCUCUUUCACGGACAUCGAUCUAACUGACUUUGGUGUCAAGCAGAUAGCGGCGACUGGUCGUGCACUUGUUGGGUCGGCUUCGACGAACUUGAUUGAUCCAAAAACAUUGAAAAUGGUGAUUUCUUCUCCUAGAACUAGAGCUUUGCACACACAAAAACUUCUUUUCGAGUCAGUUCCGUCCGAAGAACUGGAGCAUGUUAAUUUUGUUGUGGAUGAGAACAUUAGAGAAUGGGAUUACGGUGAGUAUGAAGGUUUGAGGACUGCCGAGAUCAAGGACCUUAGAGAAGAACGAGGACUCAGUCGUGACUGGGAGAUUUGGUCUGACGGUUGUGAAGGAGGAGAGGAUUACAAGCAGGUUACAGAAAGAGUGGAUGCCGUGAUUAGUAGAAUACGUGAUGUUCAUCGCGAAGCAUUUGAGAAGGGCGAAGAUUGUAACGUUGUGGUCAUAGGUCAUGGUCACAUUUUAAGAUGCUUUGCAGCUCGCUGGGUUGGAAGAGAAGUUAAUUGCAACCCACAAUUUUUGCUUGAUGCAGGUGGUGUCGGGGUUCUGAGCUACCAGCAUCACAAUAUUUCGGAACCAGCACUCUGCUUAGCAGGAGCGUUUGUGGUCCCCGCAGACGAGACAGGGGCUGACAUUUAA